AGAUUGUCCACGUUUACAACAUUUAGCUGCACCGCGCAGAGACCAGCAGCCUCGGCCUUGUGCGUUCAGUGCGCAGACGGAUGUAUCCAAGCCCCCAAACUUAUUGAGCCUCCACUGCUUGGACCCCUUUGAGUUAAGUUUCGCAGUUCUGUAAAGAAAAAUGUUUGCGAGUGUUAUUUUUCUCAUUUUGCUCUUUACCACUUUGUCUUCCGUGGAGUGCAAUCCAAGUCCUCUUGGAGAUAUAGUCGUGGAAAGAAAUUUUAUUCCCAAGAACUGCCCCAGAGAAGUGAAGAACGGAGAUUAUGUUCGCUACCACUACAAUCUCACAUUCCUGGAUGGGAAAACAUUUGAUUCGAGCCAUGAGAGCGGAGCCCCUAAGGUGGGCCUGAUAGGUGAGGGGCGGCUCAUCGCUGGCGUCGACAAAGGUCUGCAGGGCAUGUGCGUCAAUGAGCGCAGGACGGUCACCGUGCCGCCUCACCUGGCCUAUGGAAGCACCGGGGCAGGUGACAAGAUCCCCCCAGACACCACCCUGGUGUUUGACCUCCAUCUGCUGGACCUGUGGAACAAGGCGGACCUGGUGGUCACCAAAACCAUCUUCACUCCUAAAGACUGCACGCGCUCAGUGAUGCGCUCCGACUUUGUCCGCUACCAUUACAAUGGCAGCCUCCUCAACGGGACAGUUUUUGACUCCAGCUACAACAGGAAGCAGACCCACGACACCUUAGUGGGUGAGGGCUGGCUGAUCAAAGGCAUGGAUGAGGGCCUGCUGGGCAUGUGUGUGGGAGAGAUCAGAAAUGUUGUCAUCCCACCUUUUAAAGGCUAUGGUGAAAAAGGACUGGGUACAGACGUUCCCUCCCAGGCGACUCUGGUGUUUGACGUCCUCAUGGUGGACAUUCACAACCCGAAGGACAACGUCACGGUUGAGAGCCAGGUGGUGCCCGAGUCGUGCACGCGCAAGUCUGUGGUCGGUGACUAUAUUCGCUACCACUACAACGGCACCUUCCUGAGCGGAGAGACCUUCGACACCAGCUACCAGAGGAACAGCACAUACAACACCUACAUCGGGAUGGGUUAUUUGAUCGCUGGCAUGGACCAGGCUCUGCAGGGGAUCUGCAUUGGGGAGAGGAGGAGGGUCAUUAUCCCUCCACACCUGGCAUACGGACAGCAAGGAGCAGGACAACUCAUCCCCGGUUCAGCCGUGCUGGUCUUUGACAUUCACGUCAUCGACUUCCACAACCCCAAGGACUCAGUGGACAUCCAGGUCACCUACAGACCCGAGGGGUGCAAUGAGACCACCGAAGUCGAUGACGUGAUCCAGUACCACUACAACUGCUCCCUGAUGGACGGCACUUUGCUCUUCUCCUCAGCCAACUAUGAGAACGCACAGAAUGCAGUGCUGGGCGCCGACAAAGUGAUUGACGGGCUGGAUGAGGGCUUGAGGGGCAUGUGUGUGGGAGAGAGGAGGGUGGUCACUGUGCCGCCUCACCUCGGCCACGGAGAGAGAGGAGCCUCUGGUGUGCCAGGCAGUGCUGUGUUGGUAUUUGAACUUGAACUGGUGACCCUUGAGAAGGGCGUGCCGCCUGGUUACCUGUUUGUGUGGCUCGGAGACAGCCCUGCUGACUUGUUUGAGGUACUGGACAUCAACAAGAACCAAGAGGUGCCGAAAGAGGAGUUUGAAGAGUUCAUAAAACUGCAGGUGGCAGAGGGCAAAGGUCGUUUGCAGCCAGGGAGGGCCCCCGAGGAGAUUAUUGCCGACAUGUUCAAGAACCAGGACAGAAACCAAGAUGGAGUCAUCACAGCCAGCGAACUCAAGCUGAAGGUGGACGAGGACAGGGAGGCGGAAGCGGCGAGGCACGAGGAGUUAUGAUGGGAGGAACAAACGCCCACAUUCUCUCUCAGGGAUACACCCAAAACACCUUAAAAACAUUUAGAGAGACUUUCCCAAACAUUCAGCGUCCUGUUUUAAGAUAUUCCACGUUACAUUUGACAGUGUUCUCAAAUAACAUGAAAAUAAUGCAAAGGAUCUUUUUAUAUACAGUGGUUCUGUGUUGUGUGAUUGGUUGUGUUUGAUAGUGUGGUUUUU